AUGAAGGGCGUCCGGCGGCUCGAAGCCAAGGAUCGUAUGAACAGGAUCCGAGAGGUGGAGCGCAUGAUGAAGGAGGAGAUGCGUGCUGUACAACGGGAAAGCGAGGAGGCCAUUUAUCUGAAGCUCCCCUCCAUUGCCAUCAGUUUCUUUACGUACCAGAAGCAGACGAAAGAGUACAUAGCCUCGCUCGUUCCACAGCUAGACGAGCGGUUCUACUCACUCAUUAGAGUGCCCACAAAGCAUACCAAACCUAAGAAGGACGAAGUCGUUCACAGCGUCCUCAUCAACGAGGCCUUCCCAAUCAUGACCAACCCUGACAUCACAAGCAGCCCGGUGCUUCUCUUUCCAGCAGAAGAGAUCCUUGAGCUGGAGCAGAAUUUAGAAGCACAGUGUCGAGACUUGGCGACCGCACUGCGAAGCAUCAAGAGAUGGAUGGCGGUGCUCGGCGCUGCAGACAACCUUACCGUGAUGGCAGAGGAAGCCGUGGGGAUAUCUAUGGAGGUUAUCGAGACCAUAGACACGUCCGCUAUGUCCUUGCGCAACCUCUUUGUCGACUACCACGCAAAGCGUUCACGGGCAGUGUGUAACUUUCAGAAGCACGGUUCACUGGAUUACUUCCAGCUGGUUGUUCUCACAGACAAACAGAUGUUCAUGUCUAUCUCAAACUUUGUGGAAGAAAUGUAUGAUAUCGUUUGUAUGUGCUACGAGAUCUUAGAUCAAAACUUUGACAAGUUCAUAAAUCCCCGCAUGUCCGUGGACAGAGGGUACCACUGA